AUGGUCGACUCGCAUCAGGACUUAGACCGACCCGACGUAGAGGGUGCUGCUCAGCGGUCAGCGAACAAACGAGUGUGGACAUUAGAGAAGCAGACGGAGUGCGUCACUGUCUGUUAUUUCUCUGGCUAUAGCCGUCGUCGACUAUCAUCAACGUGGCGUUGCACGUGCUCACUACAUCACGUGUCCGUGAGUUUUUCGUCUGGUGUCGGCAUUGUUCGGCUCAGCCCGGCCCGGUCCGGUUCAUCUCGGUUCACGCAUCACCGUCACAGCAAAUACCUGAGUACUCAACUUUCUUUCCCACUCCUUCUACCCACUCUGCCUUUCUCUAUCCGUGUAACCUUAUCGUUUCUUUACUUCACCCUUCCUCCUCUUCUUUUAUAUUUCUUCUUUCUCUCGUUCUUUCUUAUUCUUCAUAUUUCUCUUAGUUUAAACUUAUUCCUUCUAUCUUUUCCUCCUCCUCUCGUUAAACCUUACCGUUUCUUUUUUCCUACUUUCUUCCUUUUUUCUCUCUAUUCUCUUUCUUUAUUUCACUAUACACACCACGUCUCUUUUUCUCUCUUCCUUUUAUCUUUCCCUCUUUCUCUUCUUCCUUUCUCUCUUAGUUCAGUUGUAACCUUUUUUCCCUCUUCCUCUUCUUUUAUCAACUCUGCGUUUAUCUUACCCUUUCUCUCUUUCCAUCCUCUCCUUCUACUUCUUCCUUCCUUUCAUCGUUCAACCAUAUCCUUUCUCUCUUUCCAUAUUCCUUUUCAUCCCUUCUCUAUUCAUCUAACCUUAACCUUUCUGUUUCCAGCUUUUUCUUCUCUUCGUUUAACACUAACUUUUCUCCCUUUCUCUCGUUCACUUAUUUCUUUCGUCUUUUCUUUCAUAUCCUUUGAUAAUUCCCAGUUCGUCUUUCUCUAUCCUCUCUCUCACUCUCUCUCUCUCUGUCCCUUCUCUCUCUCCCUCUCUUCCUCUUUGCUUUUCCCUCAUUUUCACUCUUUCUAG